AUGGUGUUGCCAACACCUUUUUGUGGGGCCGGUAGAAGAUCACCCUCCAAUAGCGGUAUCAAUGGUCUGCAAGCCUAUGCCUCCGCCGAUUACACCUCAAAGCUCUACACCAAUGGCACUCGUCCCGUAGAGGCUCUGUCCGGUCGCGUCUUGAGUACCUGGACCUUCCUCUCAGCUGUCGUGCGCUUCACCGCUGCCUACAACAUCGAUAACCCGGUCGCCUUAAUCGGCCAUGCCAUGAGCCCUUUGCUUGUGGCGUCUUCCUCGCUGGUUUGGACGCUGACCCAGCGGGAGUUCUACCUGGGUGCGUAA